AUGUCUGAUUCAAUAGCACAUCGUGCAACUAAACUACCUCAAAUUCCGCCAUCUUCAAAUAAUGUUAUUAAUACUAAUAAACUUCAAAAUACUAAACAUGAUUCAAAUACUUAUGAACAAUGGCGUGCAAAUAUUCAUCAAGAAUUAGAAGAAGAUCUUCAACGACAAGUACAAGAACUACUUAACGACACAGAACAACAAGAACAAUUGAGUAGAUUACGUCGACAACAGUUUCGAGCUGGUCAACGUCUUCCUUUUCAACAAAGUGAAAUUGAUAUACCUCAAGGUGUUCCAUGGGGUGAAAUCGAUCGACGUAAUCGAUCUGUUCUUUAUCCAUAUAAUCCAAAAGAUUCUGUUGAUUCACAAGAUUAUCAUCCAUCAAUUAAUUAUCAAACAAAUAGUUCAUUUAAUAGUAGUUUUGAUUUACAAUCAUGUAAUAGUUAUUAUCGUCGUCGACGACGUUCGUCACAACAAAAUAGUGAUUAUUUAUUAGAAAAAACAUCGUUUCAUUUUCAAAAUCUUUCUGAUCAACGAAAACCAUUUAAUUCAAAUACGAAUGAUUCAUUAUUUUUAUAUGGAAAUAGUAUUGUUAAAUCAAAUAAAGCCGAUAUAUUAAAUUUACUUGAACAACAAUCAGCAAGAAGUAAUCGAACUACAAAUAAUUAUAUUAAUCAUCAUGGAGUUGUUAUAAGUGAUGAUGGACCAUUUUGGCCAACUGAUUAUCGUAUUCUUCAUCCAACACCAAGAUUAUUUACUCGAGAAAUAACACCAAAAGAAUUCUAUGUAACAGCUAAUGAUUCAUUAUCAUCAUCAUCAAGUAAGUAA